UCGCUGUUAGUUGUGGCAAGAGCUGUCAAGCACUCGAUAGUUUGGCACAGUCAGCUGAUGGCAAAAUGCAAUUACAUGUUUGUGAUACACGAAAUUAAUUGUAUUUUUCGUGUGUAACCGUGAAAUUCCUCGAGAGUCAUCGAUACACAAGCUGCUUUUAUUCGAAUUUCUCAAAAGAGUUUAGAUAGCAUACAAGGACUUUUAUACACGUAUAGCUGGAGAGAAACUAUAUUAUGAACAAAAUGCCUCUAAGCACAGACAUAUCAACUGCGCUUCAUUUGCUGGAGCAUGUACAAGAAAGAGUGGAAGACUGUGACGAUCCCAAGCUACAGAUGCACACGACUCAAGACAUAAAAUCAUUAAUAUCUCUUUUGGAAGAUCCAGUAUUUCGCAGUAUAGUUACAAUUCAAGACUCUCUCAUAGAAUUAAACAAUCAGUUGGGACAGCAUCCAUCUAUUAUUCCUGGAGAUUUUGACAUUAAUAUCAGUGGACAGUUGGAGCUCUCUGUUCCUACCACACCGGUGCAACCAUUGGGAUCAAAUGUAUACCAAGAUUUGUAUCAAGAUAGUAGUGAAUUGGAAGAUCAAAGAGUUCCUGUUACUCCACUGGUGCAUAGCAGCAGUGAAGAUACCAGUGCUCAGGUGAACAGUCCUAGUCUCGUAUCUGAAGUUAUGGGAAUGCCACCAAUUACAACAACAACGUAUGCAAAGGAAUUCAAGAAGGUCAUUGAGGCAGCAGCAAGAGGACGCCAGAUAUUUACUGUGCAGCUGUACAAACCAGAGGGUACCAGUCUAGGAUUCAGUGUUGUUGGGCUCCGUAGCAAGGAUAAAGGGGAGCUUGGCAUAUUCCUGCAGGAAAUACAACCAAAUGGCAUAGCAGGGUGUGAUGGUCGAUUGGUAGAAGGAGAUCAGAUAUUGGCGAUAGAUGGACAGCCACUAGACUCGAACAUCUCUCAUGAACAGGCUAUCUCGAUUCUUCAGAAGGCACGUGGUCUGGUUGAGUUGGUCGUAGCAAGAAGCGCCCAAGACGUUGGGAGCUCUUUGCAAACGGAUGAAUUAUCCGGAGCGUCGAGUUCGACAGCGGCCGCGGGAGCAGGUGUGUCCAUCAUCGGCGGCGUUGUCGGCGGUACAACGAACCAGACGAUUUCCGACAAGGAUCAAUCGGUGUCAACCUCGUCCAUCGUUACAGCAGCGGCGACCUCGAAGUCCAGCCAACCAGUCAGCACCACCUCGGCAGCAACACCGACACCGACACCACCGACAUCGACCCCGGUGCCUGGGGGCCUCGUUGUCGAAAGGAGCCCCUCCGCCGUCAGCGACGCCUCCAAGAGUGGCUCUGACAUGGUGCUGAACACGGAAUGGGCACAAGUUGAAGUAAUAAACCUUAUUAACGAUGGCAGCGGUCUUGGAUUCGGAAUCGUCGGUGGACGAAGCACAGGUGUCGUCGUCAAAACGAUCCUUCCUGGUGGAGUCGCCGAUCGGGAUAAUCGGCUGCAGAGCGGGGACCAUAUAUUGCAAAUCGGGGAUGUCAAUUUACGGGGAAUGGGAAGCGAACAGGUCGCGGCGGUUUUGCGACAAUCCGGCACACACGUGCGCCUCGUUGUCGCGCGACCUGUGGAGCCAACAUCGCCGGACUAUCAGGCACUCGGUAGCCACGCUCCGAUCGUGCCGACGAAGAUUCUGGGUGACCCCGACGAGUUGGAUCGUCACUUGGUGCACAGCGUUCCGGAGACGUACAACAUGCGUCACGUGCAGGGUGAUGCCACCUACGACAACGGCUACAUGUACUCGCAGGAAUCCGACGUCGAAAUGCACGCAAGACCAGGUCUCAUCAUGGACGUAGUACGCAAUCCUAUGCCAAUUGGAGCGAUGCCAGUGAUACCGACGGUUCCGGUGCAGAUUCCGGAACUUCCAGUGCUCACCAUGGACACCAUCGAUGUUAAUUCACUGCCAGAAAUGGAACGUUUCACCGUCGAGCUUAAAAAGGACAUUUACGGCCUUGGGAUCACUAUUGCGGGAUACGUUUGCGAGAAAGAGGAGCUAUCUGGAAUAUUUGUGAAGAGUAUCAGCGAGGGUAGCGCAGCAGACUUGAGCAACAAGAUCCAAAUAAACGACAGAAUAGUCGAAGUGGAUGGCCAUUCAUUACAGGGUUACUCGAAUCACGAAGCUGUAGAGGUGUUAAGACGAACCGGGCAAACUGUAGUUCUGUGCCUGGAGAGAUAUCUACGUGGACCAAAAUACGAGCAGCUUCAACAGGCAAUCGCGGCCAGUGAACUGAGACUACCUCAACCAAGUUCCCCAUCGAUUACGAGUCUACCAAGUUUCCCCAUUAGCGCUGACGGAGAGACGACUACUGAAAUAGAACCGGAAGGAGAAUCGCAUACGACUGUGGACAGCGCUGUUUUGCAGGAAGGAGGUGAGCGUGAAAGAGUCUCAGAGGAGCUGGAUGAUGCAGCCAACGUGGAAGCUUUAUUGAGCGAUCCUUCCAGCGAGCUUACACCUCAAAUUCGUGCUGCUAUUAAAGCCAAAUGGCAGAAAAUCGUGGGUCCAGAUACAGAAAUUGUGGUAGCUCAAUUGAAGAAAUUCACGGAGGGUAGCGGACUAGGAAUAAGCUUGGAGGGAACAGUGGAUGUAGAGAAUGGACAGGAAGUGAGACCUCAUCAUUACAUAAGAUCGAUCCUCCCUGAAGGGCCUGUGGGUCAGAAUGGAACUCUACGUUCCGGAGACGAAUUGCUCGAGGUGAACGGAUACCGGUUGCUAGGCAUCAACCAUAUGGAAGUAGUUAGCGUUCUUAAAGAAUUACCCAUACAUGUUCGAAUGGUUUGUGGAAGGAACAUUGCCUCGCAGGAUCCUUUGUGCCCCAUCGACACUGCUCAACAUCAGGCUGCGUUCCAAACUAGAAGCAUUCUUGGCGGAUCCCUGCAGAAUCUGCUGCCAACGAUGGACCGUUUGGUUAAGGCCAAGUCCGAUGGUUCCUUAGCGUCGACAACGACUACAGCUACGGUCACGGAUGCCAGUUUGAACAAGAUGAAGUCGCGUUCUCUGGAACCCUUGACCGGCCUCGCGAUGUGGAGUUCCGAACCGCAGAUCAUUGAACUGGUAAAGGGAGAACGGGGCCUUGGGUUCUCGAUUUUGGAUUAUCAGGAUCCAAUGAACCCCAACGAAACUGUGAUAGUAAUAAGAUCGCUGGUGCCUGGAGGCGUAGCUCAAGUGGACGGGCAACUGAUACCUGGCGAUCGGCUUCUGUUCGUGAACGACAUAGCCCUGGAGAACGCGACGCUGGAUCAGGCUGUGCAAGCGUUGAAGGGUGCGCCUAAGGGUACCGUUCGCAUCGGUGUGGCCAAGCCGUUGCCCAUCCCAGACAGUAUUGUCCAGAGGGUGCCACCGAUUUGUCCCGUAAGACGCAGCAAAAGCUUCCCCAACGAAAGCGAGACAACCGACCACGCAGCCGAACUCGAAGAUUUCCUCUCUUCAAGAUCAGUUCAACCACUCAGCAAAGCCAUCAUGUCGCUCUUGUCAGGUGUAACAGAGCUCUCUAUGGACAAACCGGAGACCGACGAAGAGGACGAGCACUGGAAGGACGCGUCCCCUCACACGCCAACCUGCAGUCCCACAAAGCGGCUUACAAAAUUGUCCACAGGUCCCAGAUCCACAAAGACCGUCGAAGUGGACAUACACGAGUUCCAGCCGACGAGUCCGUUGCACGAGAAGGACGUGAUAAUCCUGGAGAGCGGAGCGUCUCCGCCUAGCAGGAAGUUGGCUAUGAAGUACAGUCAGGACGUGGCGCCGAAAGUGAAGUUAAAGGCAGAGACAGAACCGAAAGUGCCUGAAGCGCCGAAGCCGCCCGAACGUUCGGUUUCCGAGAGGAGGAGAAGUCUGAGGCGGAUGGACUCCGAGGAGAGGAUGUCCUCGUCGAGGGAGACGUUGAACAAGUCGGAUCUGACGGACAAGGGCGCCCGGAAGAAGAUCUUCAAGAAGAAGGACGAGCGGAGGCCGUCCAGGAGGAAGGAUGACUCUAUCGAGACGUAUGUGGACGCCGAGGAUUCGAGGAGGCGCAGGGAACCGGAAGAGGUGGUGACGAGGACCAGGGAGGAGCGGAAGAGCCUCAGGGAGCAAGAAUGUAUCGAGAGGGUGACGGAAUUCCUGACGAAGCACAGUGUGCUGUGUUAUUCCGAGGGGACCCCGGUCGCGGAGGCAGAAAUAAGCCUCCAGGGACCUCCAGCGACCUCGGAGCGGCCCACCACCUUGAAGGAACCCGAAGAACCACCCGGACACGCGGAAGAACCACCCGGCAAGAGCGAAGAUGGCGGUCAGAGGCUGAGGGACGAGAAGACCCCAGAGGAGCCUCUGAAGACGCCUUCCUCUAUCGACUCCGAGAAGCCGCCGGGUUCUUCGGCGACUGUGGUGGAUGUAGCGGGUGUGACGAGUCCGGAGAGACCUCCCGAGGAGCCGAAGACGGUGACCAGCCCGGAGACGGAAGUGGCGCCGGUUAAACGGAAAAGCUCUAUGCGCAAGAAGCCGGCGACGUUCUCGAGGGAGUCCUCGAGGGAGUCCCUGCUGGACGACGCUAAAAAGGAGGUCAGAAUACAGGAGAACGUUGAGGAGAUCUUCUUUGAGGACGUCAGUGAACAGGUGACCGCAGUGCUGCCGGAAGUGCAGCUGGUGAAGGCUAGGAUCAUCACUGCCGAGGAAGCGGUGGCGAACAGAGCGGAGGAGCCUCAGACCAGGAUCGAGAUACACUCGCCACCGGAAGUAGCGACGGUUCCAGACUCUGUUAGGGUCAAAAGUGGUCGGGUACCUUCACCGGAAACGGUGAACAUGUCCCAGUUGCAGCUGGUGAGUCUGGCUAAGUCCACGUCUGAGAACACCUUGGUGGAGACGGAGGACAAGGGCGAAGACUACAAGAUCUCCGUGAGGAACAUCAAGGCUGAGAUCUUGUUGGACUUGUCUAAAGUCCCGGAUGCUGGAGACGAAAUGGAGGAUUCUGUUGACGGGGAGAGGAAGGACCGGAAGUUGAGCAGGACAGGAAGCGAGGGGUCGAAGAGGGCUGCGUUGAGGGCGCAGACGAAGAUCAAGGAGCGAGAUGGGUUCAUGAUUAGCAGUCUGGCGCAACCGGAUGAACCGGAAUUGACGAUUUUACUGGAAAAUGCGGCUAUCGAGAGGAGGAAGAUCCUUGGGGAGGAGGAGAUGGCACGGGAUGAAAGGCCACAGGAGGAGGCGGGUAGCCGGAGGUUAGCGGAGGAAGUCGAGCUUCCGAGGCAGCAGCCGCAAGAAGACCGGAAGGCAGAUUAUGACAGGAUCCCCGACCCGAAACAUCCUCUCGAAGACUUAAAACCCGAGGAGGACAGCCUGAUCAGCAAGGAGCACUCGUUGGAGUACCAGAGCCAGACGCUAGAGAGCCAGACCGAGCUUCUGCUGCAGCCCGUGCAGCUGUCGGGCUCUUUGGAGGAGCGGGGCGUUCCUGACAGGUGGCCAGGUCCUCUCGAGGAGGAGCGCAGUUUCAAGGAGACGCAGUAUUCACCCAAGGAGAAGCUCGACGCGGAAACCCAGACGCAACAGGAGACCAAGAGCACCCAGUGCAGUCCGGAGCAGAGCAUCGGCAGCCCUGAUCUCCCGAAGGGCAGCCCCCUCAGGGUCAGAGGCUUCUACCAGAGCCCCCGAAGGGAGGUCCACACCCAGACCCAGGGCGAGAGUAAGAGCGUGCAGUGCUGUCUCGACGAGUUAGGCGGACUCUCCAGGACUCCGGACCUAGACGACUCCUUCGACAGCCCGUCCAAGUCGGAGAAGGAGUCCAAGAGCAUACAGUGCAUACCCAAGGACUUCUCCGACGAGGACAGAAGUCCGCGCAAGGAGGUCGAGGUUCAGACCUACCAGGAGUCCAAAGCUGUACAGUGCAGCGAUGACGAGCUGCUAGAAGCCGAACAGCUACCUAGGAGAUCGAAGACCGACAGCUCGGCUUCCUCCAGUUGUGGAUCACCCUGUAAGUUGAACGCUGUGGUGUUCGUGGAGGAACCGGUCGACAUGACGGUCACGCAGAGGGAUCACGACGGCAACGUCAGCUGGUCGAAGCAUUGGGGUCCUGAGAGGCUCGUGGAGAUCUUCAGGGAGCCGAAAACCAGCCUUGGACUUAGCAUCGUCGGCGGAAAGGUCGACCUGCACAAUGGCAGCUCUAGUAAGUCACAAAACAUAUCCGGGAUAUUCAUAAAGAACGUAUUGCCGAACAGUCCGGCUGGGAGAACCGGGGAAUUGAAGAUUGGAGAUCGAAUAAUCGAGGUCGAUGGCGUGGAUCUGCGACACAGUACGCAUGAACGUGCAGUCGAGGUCAUACAAGCAGCCGGAAAUCCUGUUCGUCUUCUUGUGCAGUCUUUGGUGCACCUGAACAACGAGAACGACACGGAUGGCCAAACGGACGAGGGAGGAAGAUUGACGAGGAAACACAGCGGUAGGAACCGUUCGGGAGCACCCACGGGAUCCUUUGGACAGAGGACGUCUCCUGUCAGAUCCACCACGCCGGAAGCGACACAAGGCUCUGACUACGGAGAAAGGCAGAGUAGCUCAAGAUCAGAUUUCAGAAGGCAGAGUACAAGAGCUUCAGAUGGCGCGGGAUCCAGUUCGCGAAGAUCCUCCAUGAAAAAGUCGAUUCGAAAGAAGGCGCCAUCACCGCCUUCCAAUCCAGGUAUUUUACGGGAAGUGAGUGAAGAGAAGGAAGAUCAUGCUUCAAAACCAGAAGAACCUCCGAGACGGAAGUAUUCUUCAGACGAGAGUUCUGAAGAAGAAGACACGCGGGAACUUGAGGGAAACGUUUAUACCAAAGCUGGAAUGGAGAUUUCAAGAAAGAGUGCCGGAAAUGUGAAACGCUCCAAAGCGGAAAUUGAAGCGGAUCCUGAGCAGGAAGAUGAAUACGGUUACACAAACAUGAAAGUUCAAAAGAAAUACCACGCGUUGGGACACAAAGUGCUGAUGGUAAAAGUGGAAAAAGACAGGCGUGGAUUAGGUAUUUCGUUAGCAGGACACAAGGAUCGAAAUCGAAUGGCGGUGUUCAUUUGUGGCCUUAAUCCAAAGGGUUCAGCUCACAAAGGGGGUGAGCUUGUGGUCGGUGAUGAGAUACUGGAGGUAAACGGUCGCGUAUUACAAGGACGAUGUCACCUGAACGCAUCCGCCAUGAUAAAAGGCAUGGCAGGCACCAGCUUCAAAAUUGUCGUUCUUAGGAGGAGCAAGGCCCUUGAUGAUCUCGCCGUGAAGCCAAUUGUUCAGUUCCCUCCGUCGCUCGAAGAGAACACAUUCAACCAGUACAAAGGCGUGAGGAAUAUCCCAGUGAAAAAGGGUCAGUAUGGAUUGGGCAUAAUGAUCAUAGAAGGAAAACACGCGGAGGUUGGCCAAGGUAUAUUCAUCUCUGACAUACAAGAAGGCAGCGCUGCUGAACAGGCUGGUCUGAAUGUUGGUGAUAUGAUACUUGCUGUUAAUAUGGACUGUUUGCUUGGCUCGACUUAUGAUGAGGCAACGAGCUUAUUAAAGAAAGCAGAAGGUGUGGUGACUCUCACAGUAUGUAAUCCUAAUCAAAGCAAAGUUGCAAAGGAAGAGGAAGAUAGAGCAAAGGGCAUCAUCCCUGAAGAAAAACCACCUGCACCAAAAGAGCCAGAAAAACCAAAGGAACCAGAACCCCCAUCAGAUCCAAAGGACUGUAAAAUAGUAACCGGAAAAGACACAACGAUAGAAUUCCAAAAAGAGAAGGACAAAGGCAUUGGUUUCACCAUAGCAGGUGGUUCAGACACCCCAUUGAAAAAGGUGUUCAUACUGGAAGUAUUUCCUGAUGGAGCAGCAGGAAAAGAUGGACGAUUGCAGUCCGGGGAUGAAAUACUGGACAUGUGUAAUAAAAGUUUCAAGGAGAUUGAGCACGAAAAAGCUCAUGCUGCUGUUUUGAAAGCUUCGGGAACGAUCGUGAUGGUAGUUCACCGACAAGAGAAACCAGAGGAAGAAAUCGAGGUGGAAUUACAAAAGAAAUCUGGCAAAGGAGCUGGUCUCUGUCUGACAGGAUAUAAGAGUGGAAAAGGAGCAUAUGUGUCAGACUUGAUACCCGGAGGCAGUGCAUUGGAAUGUGGAAAAAUUUGCAAAGGAGAUCGAGUUGUGGCGGUUGGUGGACAAGAUGUUCGCGAAGCUCCAGUAGAAGAUAUUGCGGUCCACGUGAAAGUUUCAAAUCCGGUGCAAUUGAAACUUGCUAGGUUCAAGUCCGCUAAACAAUGACAGGGUUCUGCAGGCGGAGCUCUGAAAGCGGAUGUCAAAAGGACGAUACCCGUCAGACACCACGGUCUCUAGUGUGAUAUGACUAUACCAAAGUAACUAUAAAUAAUUACAUAAACACUAUUUGCUAUUAAGUAUCGUGAUCUGAUCGACGCACGAUCGAUCGAUCUCGCCAAUGCAAUCCAAGCCGUAAUUUCUUAGCGAGUUUUUUCAAAGCCACGUGACAUCCUGGCACUCUAAAUCUAGGGAUUUUUCAGCGCCGUUUUCUAUAGCGAAACACGGACGACGAUUAUUUCGUCGACGACACGUAAAAAAAAAAAAUUAAAGAAAAGAAAUAUCGUCGAUCGCAAAAAGAUUCCGUCUGUCACGAUCAACAUCCGGCGAGUAGUCGAUGCAUUCAUGUAAGACACGCGUACAUUUUAUGUAGAAUUAAUGAUACACAGAGUAUUUAUGCAGUUAGUUAUAUACUAGGUGUUUCGAGCGUAAAUGGUACCAGAAAACUAUACUGAUUUUAUGUGAAGAAAACAAAGAAAAUUAUAUUUUUUGUUUAUAUAUUCAUAUUUAUU